CACCUUCGCGGCGGCGGAAGUCGCACAUUGGAGGGAUUUUAAAAAUCAAAUACGAAUUUGUUAAAUUAUUUCCAAAGACUAAAUGAAUAGACCGAAUUUUGGGAACCCUUACGAAUUCGGGUCGCCGUUUGGAGGGCCGCCACGAGGAGGAGGAGGAGGAUACAACCAGCGAGGAUCACCCCGUCACGGAAGCGGUGGAGGGGGUUUUCGGACCCCGAGCCCUCACCAUCACCCUCACCAUAACAUGCCCCCUCCGCCGCGGCCGUUCUCUCCGCAGUACGGAGGACCCCCUCCACCUUCUCCAGACUUUAGCCCACGGGGCAUGAGGAGCCCCUAUAGGCAGAAUUACACCCCAAGGCCGCCGUAUAGCGGUGGGGGUAAUCAUAGAGGUGGGGGAUGGAGCCCGAGUCGGAGUGGAGGAUACAGAGGGCGAGGGAGAGGGGGGUUCUCGCCCUCGCACGGGCAUUUCAAGCACAGAGACAGGAAUCCCGGUAGCAGUGAUAACAUAGAGGAUUAUUGUAAGGACUCCAUGUUAGCAGAUCCCUGGGAGGGAAUGGUCCCAGUGCCAGUGACACGCCCCUUGGACUUCACCACGUGACACAGGGGAAUAGGUUGACAAUGAAAUGACAUUGAAUUUGACAUUCACAGGGUAAUAGGUUGACAUUGAAUUUGACAUCCGAUUGACAUUGAAUGACAAAUCUUUCUCUAUCUACUGGGGGAAUGAGAGACAUGAUACCGGAGAUUUUUCUCUUUGUGAAAGGUCUUUAUAUAUGGCUGGGUUGAAAAUUAAAUGCUGUGCCUUGAAAUAUUGGUUGAAUUUCAAUUCACCACAAUGAUUGCCCAUAAGUUUGCUUGGUAUUUCUCAAGACCUGGGCUCUUUUUGACGAGGAGUGGAGAUUUCACAUGCAAGACCUUUAUAAGCAGAUGUGAAAAAAAUGAUGCUGGAGAUGCACCUUGGAAUUAACUUUCAAUGGAAGAUAUAUGAUUUUUAAGGCCAUAUUUUCAUAUGGCAGAACGAAAUUAUUUACUUGUACAUUAAUUUAUAUAGCAACUUACUAACGUGCAGUAAGGAUAAUAUUCAGUGCCCAAAAAUUCACUAGAUGAAGUGAUAAUGGAUUUUUAAAACAAACUUCACUGACUGACUAUUCUAUGUGGAAAAUCAUGAUUUUUACAUAUCUAUUCUGUAUUUUUUAAGUCAUCAAUUCUUAAAAUUUACACGUUACAUUGGAGUGAUAGCAACAAAAAUGAAGAGUCAACUUCGCCACAGUUCUAAUCUACUAGUAUACAGUUGAGGCACCAGAAAUGCUAUACAGACUGUUCUUUUUUUUUACGAUUUCAAAAUCACGUGUCUGACCUGAUAUUAUACAGCUGAAUUCUACAUUAUAAGAUAAACCAGAAUGGAAUUUUUACAAGAGCAAUAAGAUGUAAUAAUAUAAUUGUAAUUUUUAAACC